AAUUUCGAUCCGCGGAGCCGUUAUCAAAAAAAUUCGGUGGAAGUCAACGGACCUCUUGUUUUUUUUAAGGCUUGAGAGGUGAAAGUGAGAGCCAAAUUAACCACCUCCACCGGCGGCCAAAACUGAAGAAGGAAAUCACAAUCGCACUGCGCCGAACCCUUGUCGUUUCAGUUGAAUAGCAAACAAAAAGAGACAUAUACCCUUUCGUAAAAGCAACCCUUCGCAUAGUUUCAGAGAUGCCCGGCAGAACCACCUCGGAAGACGUCCCCAUGGACGAGGCGCCCACGUCUCACCAGCCCGAGGAGGAGGAGGAGGCUGAGGUGCAGGAGGGGUCGCCUGAGCAGGAGGAGGAAGAGGAAGAGGAGGAGCCCCAGCGCGUCAAGAUUCUGCCUGGCUCGACGGACACAGCCGCAUCGUUCGAGUUCAUCGACGAGGGCCACACGCUUGGCAACGCGCUGAGAUAUAUCAUCAUGAAGAACCCCGACGUGGAGUUCUGCGCCUACGCCAUCCCUCACCCCUCCGAGGCCAAGAUGAACAUUAGAAUCCAGACCUACGAUGGCACCGCAGUUUCGGCUCUGCAAAAGGGUCUCAAGGACUUGCAGGCCCUCAGCGACACCGUCGCCGAGGAGUUCAUCCGCGCCAAGGAGGAGUUUGGCCGCUCGUAGCGGGUCUUUUUGUUUUAUUCCUUUGACAU